AUGGCGACACGUGUACCCUUCGGACCCUCGAUCAGAUCUUCGUUUGAGUCGAGGUUGUGUUUUGGGGUGGCUGAUCCAAGAACGGUGGUAAUUAUAGAAGUUAUUUUGAAAUACAAACAGACGAUAUACUUGAGAAAUCGGCGGGGCUAUCUUGUUGAUUUCUACGACAUAAACUCCGACUUCAACGCUUGUUUCGAUUUUCCUGAGUUGUCGUAUUGUGAGUUGAGUGCCCAAAUUGGUCAGUGGCUGCCGGGACUGUCUCCCUCCUUAUCCACCCAGCUUUCCCAACGAAUCUUGGUGUACGCGCAACAAGUUGCAGUUGCCGCCAAUGCCCGCCACCGCCUCAAUGACAAUGGCGGUGCAAAUAAAAUCACGGCUUUUGUGGAGAUUGAGGAGCCAGAACUGCAACCAACAGAUGACGACCAAGUACAAGAUUACUCGGGCGUGCGGGCUGAUCUUGAUGAUGAUGGUGGAAUAGUAGUCUUAUCUUUUGGUAAUAAUUUCAUUGACGGUUAUUAUGACGCUAAUAAUGAUGAGUCGUCAUCGAAGCCACCAAGGGGUUUGAGUUGGGAUGAGAUUAACGGGUUGAAGCAAGAAAGAUUCAAGAAUGGUACUGCUGCAGAGAUGUGUUCGAUUUGUUUGGAAGAGUUCUCGGCAGGAGUCAAGAUUAUGCCAUUGUCAUGUUCUCACACCUUUCACCAUAACUGCAUUGCUUCAUGGCUCCAAAAACAGGCAUGCUGUCCGAUUUGUCGAUUCGACAUCACGCAACCAUGCUAA